UCGAACCUCCGAGUGUUCCUGGUCUUUUGUCGCCUGAUCCGUGCAGAGAUGGCAGGGUGCGCGAUUACCCACUGGUACGAUAGUGCUCUGGCGCCGGCGUGCUGAUAACUCGUGGGUUGGGGCCUUCCGUUUGUGCCAGCUGCGAUUGUUGUGAGGCGCGGGAGGCCUUGGUACGUCAGCGGAGCGCGCCACCGCUUCUCGAUGCCCUUGGAAGUGCGCAAAGUCCGCCUUCACUGGGCGGAUCCGCCGUUGCUCUGCGCUGCACGACAGUUCAUCACCACCCUAGACGCCGGGGAGAGGGGUUGCGGACCGAGAGGAAGGAGGAUGUUGAGGACGAAUUUGUGGAUUCUAUGGACACGUUGUUGGAUCUCUACCUCCUGCACUGUAUUCUAUGCAACAAGGACCCUGCCAUUGGCCAGGUACUAUACACUGAACAUUGGAGCUCGCGUGAGAUCUCGAGACCAGGUGUGGGCGUGGGUAUGUGUGCGACGUCAUGGCGGGAGGGAGGUACUCUAGACGCGUCGGGGCUUGGACUGAACCAUUUGCUGGACAACAGGUGGAGUUGCUCCUCUCCUAGUCUCUCGUCCUCGCGUCUGCCUCGAGGCCCACCGUCCGGCCGA